AUGCUUGAGCAAUUGGGACAAAUCGAUAUGGCAACGCCGUGGCUGCAGGAUCUACGGGAAAUGCUGGAGGAAGCAAAAGAGUUCAUUGCGACAUCGACAUCAAAAACAGAGAAGCUUCGAAAGAGAGACACAGCUUUCGUACGCGACAUGAGUGCCGCAGCAAGCAUGGCUCCGAAUGGAGUCACAGAAAUGACAAACGAGCUACAAGCUGAACGCAAUAAGAUUGCGUCUAUUCUCCUUGCACUAACCAAAGCUCGGGAUGCAGCCAAACUGUUUGUUGAGAAAGGAAAAGAUUUCUUGGCAGGUGUGGCCAAGAAGACAAAGACACGCAUCAUUGGUCGCGCAACUUAUGGCUUUAGAAAGGCGUACGAAGUGGACGGACGAGUCUGUUUUCGUGUUGAAAAUAGUGGGUUUGAGCUGUCCAAUGGCGAUGGAAUUCGAGUGCUUGAGAGGAGUGAUAUGAUUGUCAAUCGAAUGAGCAAGGUUUACGACGACAAUCCACAACUGCAGCGAUCCGUAAACAAACUGAUGGGAAUAUUCCAGCAGCUGACUGGAUUGCUGUACACAAUCUCCGUGUCAAUGAAGAGCCAACGAAAAUGGACUCCGGAAGAUUGCGACCAGUUUGAAGAUGCAGCUCGACAAUAUGCAACACUUUGGCUCUCUUUCACGGGAAAAACAGACCCUGAUGAAACUCCCAUCUUCAACAAACUGCACGUGUUAGUCUCCCAUGCUACUCUGUUUGUCAGGAAUCAUGGAAUGCUUGGAAGGUGCUCUGAGGAAGGUUUCGAAUCCUCGCACAAAUGCAUUGAGUCAGUACGGAAACCACUCAACUGCAUGACUUCGACUGAAGCCAGGGCAAACACAAUUUAUAGAAGGAUCAUGCUCCAAUCAAGACCUGACAUUGAAAGCACAUUUGAAGGCAUCAAUGCAACCUUUACGAAAGCCAAACGGGGCCCUUACAACAAAGACGCCUCCAGAAUGAAAACUGCUGAUGCCGCUCCAACAGCGAAGGAUGUUGGUGGCCUUUCCCUGCCUGAUGGAUUCAUCCAAUCUAUUUUAAAAUGGAUAUGUCAUCAAGGAAAUUUGGAAGGAUCAUUUUGA